AUGUUGGUAAUACAAAUUGUUAUACAAAUAUCUAAUUCAUAUAGAGUGAAGUGCAAUGCGGUAGAUGACGAAUGAGAUUCAAAUGACUUGAUGAUAAAAAAAAGUUAAAGAAGCACUUUUCCCUCGAUGCCAAAUCGAAACGAAAAGAAAGGUGUCAAAUUAUUUUGGAUGAUAUGAAGGAAGCUUUUCUGGUAUAAAAAAUUGAAAUACAAAAGAAUACUUAUAAUCUGCUAGCAGUAACCAUUUUAUGUAUUGUGAUGACUUUGGAAGAAACAAAAUUUAUUUAAUAACAUGUUAGAGGACGGAUGUAGCACCAUUGUUCUAUGUGCAUUGUUUUCUAUAUUUUUUAUACUUAUAUUACAUCUCUUCCGAUAUCUUGUAAAAGAGCCACAUAUUCAUAUUAGAGAUGUUACCAAAGAGCAUAAUUGGAAAGCUAUUAAAAGAGAAACAAAGGCAUAUUACUGUAGCAUUUGUGAAAGCUUAUUAUUGAAUAUUAGUGGUUUAAUCUGUGAUUCAUGUGGUGUUUGCGCGGAUCCUACAUGUGUCAAGAUUGCAGAUAAACAAUUAAAAUGCAAACUUAUUACUGUAAACACAAAUGAGCCAAUGAAACAUCAUUGGAUAAAGGGUAAUUUACCUCUAAAUGUUAUGUGUGACAUAUGUAAUGAAGAAUGUGAUGUGGAACCUGGACAAACAGAUUGGUGGUGUUGUUGGUGUCAAAGAUGUGUCCAUGAUAACUGCAAAUCUAAGCUUUCUAAAAUAUGUGAUUUUGGUAAAUUUAGAUUAAUGAUAAUUCCACCAAGUAGUUUAGAGGUAAUAAAUUUACGAAGUACUGUAAGACGUAGACUAUAUCUUUGUUCAAUUAUACCUCCAAGUUGGCCUCAGUGGAAUCCUCUUAUAGUUGUUGCAAAUAAAAAAUCUGGCAAUAAUGAUGGAGCAGAAAUCUUAUCUUUGUUUAGAAGGUUAUUAAAUCCUGCACAAGUUGUUGAUUUAUCAGAACGUGAUCCAGUUGCUGUUUUAGAAUGGUGUCGUUUACUUGGGAAAGUAACAUGUACAGUGCUUGUUGCAGGUGGAGAUGGAACAAUAGCUUGGUUAUUGAAUGCCAUUCAUAAACUUGGAUUGGAGGCAGUUCCAUCUGUAGCAAUAAUCCCAUUGGGAACGGGAAAUGAUUUAUCAAGAGUACUAGGGUGGGGAAAAGAGCAUGAUCCAAAUAAGGAUCCUAGAGAUAUUUUACAAGAGAUACAACUAGCACAAAAAAUCGAACUUGAUAGAUGGACUGUGACAGUUAAACCAUAUGGUGGAUUAGGACUUAGAAGUUCACAACAAGUAUUUUACAUGUAUAACUAUUUAAGUGUGGGAGUAGAUGCACAAGUAACACUAAAUUUUCAUCGUACAAGAGAAAGUCGGUUUUAUUUUUAUAGCAGUAGAUUAUUCAAUAAGCUACUAUAUUUAUGCUUUGGAAUGCAACAAGUAGUUGAACGAGACUGUAAAAAUCUUAAUAAAAAUAUAGAAUUAUAUUUGGAUGAUGAAAAAGUGGAUUUACCAUCCAUCGAAAGUAUCGUAAUAUUAAACAUCCCAUCAUGGGCUGCUGGAGUUGAUUUGUGGAAUAUGGGAUUAGAAGGCUAUGAAAAAUAUGGAAAACAAAGCAUCAAUGAUGGUAAAUUAGAAGUAGUAGCACUUUAUUCUUCAUUUCAUAUGGCUCAACUUCAAGUAGGAUUAUCUCAACCUUAUCGACUUGGACAAGCUAGCAGUAUAAAGGUAAAAAUAAUAAAGUCUUGCGCUAUGCAAAUUGAUGGUGAACCAUGGUACCAACAUCCUUGUGAAUUCAAUAUUAAAUAUUGUAAUAAAGCAACCAUGCUUGUAAACACAGAUAAGAAAACUAUCUAAUUCUUUCUUUUCGAAAUAUAAGAGGUUUCAGUUACCCGUACAUUCCAAAGUUUGGCUUUAAAUGGAAAAAAAUUUGCUAUAUUUUAUGAAUAAAAAAAUAUAAACAAAUAUGAUAAAGGUAAAG